AUGUGCUCCCACCAGGACAAAGACCAGCAAGAACUAUCCUCAUGCCACAGCAGUGAAGGGUGUCACAGGAGCAGCGGUGGAUCCGGAUGCCGUGGGAGCAGCGGUGGAUCUGGUUGCCGUGGGAGCAGUGGAUCCAGAUGCCACAGGAGCAGUGGUGGAUCCAGUUGCCACAGGAGCAGUGGAUCCGGAUGCCAUGGGAGCAGUGGGGGAUCCCGCCAUGGAAAGCCACAGGAUUGCCAGCAGCAAAUUUAUCAAGUAUCCUCAAAGAUGAAGUGA